AUGGCAGCUGUCAAUGCCACUUUCGCCUCGCCCACGGCCGACGCUCAGUAUGCCCCGGAGCUCACGCCCCAGGCCAUCAACGGCCUCGUCAGCCGCCUGUUCACCGGCAUUAGCGGCUGGCAGAUAGUCGUCACGCUCUUUGCCAUGCUCGUCGUCUACGACCAAGUCAAGUACAUCUGGAACAAGGGCCCAAUCGCCGGGCCCGCCCUCAAAAUCCCCUUUAUCGGUCCCUUCCUCGAGUCCGUCAACCCCAAGUUCUCGGCCUACCACGCAAAAUGGCUGUCGGGCCCUCUGAGCUGCGUUUCCGUCUUCCACAAGUUCGUCGUCAUCGCCUCGACGCGCGACAUGGCUCGCAAAGUCUUCAACUCGCCCACCUUCGUCAAGCCCUGCGUCGUCGACAUUGCGCACAAGCUGCUUCGCCCGGAAAACUGGGUUUUCCUUGACGGCAAGGCCCACGUCGACUACCGCAAGGGUCUCAAUGGCCUCUUCACCCGUCAGGCCCUGGAGAUCUAUCUCCCGGGUCAAGAGGAGAUCUACAGCAAGUACUUCCAGAAGGCGCUCGACAUGACCGCGAAGAACGACGGCAAGACCAUGCCCUUCAUGCACUACUUCCGCGAGUUCAUCACCGCCGUUUCGCUGCGCACCUUUGUUGGUCACUACAUUCCCGAUGAGUCGGUCAAGAAGAUCGCCGACGACUACUACUACAUCACCGAGGCGCUUGAGCUGGUCAACUUCCCCAUCAUCCUUCCCUUCACCAACACAUGGCGCGGAAAGAAGGCCGCCGACAUGGUUUUGGACGAAUUUGCCAAGUGCGCCGCCAAGAGCAAGGUCCGCAUGGCUUCGGGCGGUGAACCAGACUGCAUUCUCGACUGCUGGGUCAAGUCUAUGAUAGAAUCAGAGGAGUACAACCAGAAGCUGGCCAAGGGCAUUGAGGCUCAGAAGCCUGCGCAGGUCAUCCGCACUUUCACGGACCUCGAGAUCUCCAUGACCAUCUUCACUUUCCUCUUCGCUUCUCAGGAUGCUACCUCUAGCGCGGCCACCUGGCUCUUCCAGGUCAUGGCGGACAGGCCCGAUCAUUUGGACAAGAUCCGCGAGGAGAACCUGCGCCUCCGCAACGGCAACCGCGAUGCCCCGAUGACGAUGGAGAUGAUGGACAAAAUGACAUACACUCGCGCCGUUGUCAAGGAGAUCCUGCGCUACAGGCCUCCCGUCAUCAUGGUCCCCUACCUUGCCAAGCGCGACUUCAAGAUCAGCGAGGACUACACGGUCCCCAAAGGCUCCAUGGUCGUCCCGACGACGUACAUGGCACUGCACGAUCCCGAGGCGUACCCCAACCCCGACAGCUUCGAGCCCGAGCGCUGGAUCACGGGCGACGCCGAGAAGCAAACCAAGAACUGGCUUGUCUUUGGCACCGGCCCGCACUACUGUCUCGGCCAGGUCUACGCCAUCAACAACCUCAUGGGCAUGAUUGGCUGCGCCUCGAUGAAGCUCGACUGGAAGCACAAGGUCACUCCUCUGUCGGAGGAAAUCAAGGUCUUUGCGACUAUUUUCCCGCAGGAUGAUUGCCACCUUGCCUUCACCCCGCGCGCUUAA